CUCGUGGAAGAAUUUGUGAUACUCUUUCUCCCUCUUUCGUCCCUUCACAUGGAGGUAUGAGCUUCAAGGGAAACACAAACUUUCAAUUAAACCACAGUGUCGUCAACGAUAGUCCGGGAAACGACAAUACUAUUUCGACGCACGUUGGGGACUUCAACUACCAUCAACAUUUCUCUGGAAUUGAGUCAGGCCUUUCAAAAUUGUCGAGCUGGGUCGCUUUCAGCGCUCUUCAUGAUGCAGAAGCUCGUUACCCCCAGCCCAACGUUUUACCUGCUACUCGGGAAGAGAUCAUCCAGAUACUAAGUACUUGGUGCGAGGAUGACUCGAAGAGCAGCAGAGUGUAUUGGGUCAAUGGUGCUGCUGGAGUAGGGAAGUCUGCGAUUGCACAAGCACUUUGCGAAAAGUACACCCAAACCGGAAAACUAGCAGCCGUAUUCUUUUUUUCGAGGAACGAUUCCAGUCGGGAUAACCUUGAUCCAUUUGUCGCUACCAUUGCCCAUCAGCUUGCGACUUGCAAAGCCCUUAAACCCCUCAUCGCACCCCUCAUUGACCGCGCCAUCCGCUCAACGCCUGGGAUCCUGCAUAAAAAUCUGGAGGAUCAGUUCAAAAUGUUAAUACAAGAACCGUGUGCUCAGGUAGACCCAAAGUAUUGGGCUCAACUUCCACGGCUUGUCGUUAUCGAUUGCGUCGACGAAUGCAUCGAUGUGGAGUCUCAGAAGAGACUGCUCCAGAUGAUUCAAAACGCGACACCCACUCUUCCUCUCAACUUUCUCGUACUCAGCAGACCGGAACCACAUAUCUCUGACACAUUCUCUCUCGGAUCUUUCACUCCAAGUCCUUCCCGCUUAGCCUUGGGUGAUUUCGCCGAGUCGGUUCGGGCUGAUAUCAAACGAUAUCUUUGCCAUGAAUUUGCUCGCAUCCGGAAGGAGCAUCGGCGCACCCUAAAUAGCUCACUGCAGGCUUCAUGGCCUGGUGACCCCGUGAUUGACCAGUUGGUAUCCAAAGCCACUGGACAGUUCAUCUAUGCAACCACUGUAACGAAGUAUAUUGACACGGGAAAACUGCCCGUAACACCCAUGCAGCGGUUGGAUGUUAUACUUCAUGCGAAAAGAGUGGCGAAUUCUUCAUCUCCCUACCCCGACCUGGACCUGCUAUAUUUUCAGAUCUUACAAUACUGUGUCAAUGAAUGCAGGAAGCUUCAGGGCAUUUUGCGGUUGAUAGUGAGUCCUUUUGAUAGGCGAGGCAACUUGCAGUCGCCCUUUCGGUUAGAUAACUCGCCUCCAGCUUUGCAAAGCUUAUGGGCUCUCGAACAACUUCUGGAAUUGAGCCAAGGCGAAGCCGCAGCCCUCUUGUCUGGCUUACAUUCGAUCCUCGCCAUUCCUUCGUCCAAAACAGAAAAGAUAGUUGUUUUGCAUGCGUCCUUUUCCGAGUUUCUCCUCGAUGCACAACGUGCAGGUGUGUACCACGUGGGGACAAGGCUUUCACCCCAGGAGUGGAUCCAGUUACUCGUUCCAUCCCAAAUUCAAACGCUUUCCCGUUAUUGUGUCGAAUCCAAUCGUUGGUCUGUGCAAAGCCCCCGAAUUCUUGGCCAACCAAUUGAUGGAGUUGACGAUGGCGAUCUUGGUUCACUCAAUGUUUGGCAGUGUCUAUUCAAUGACUGGACAGCUAUCGCUAUCAACGAUCGGAUCGCAGCCGCUCUCAAUGCAUUUGACCCACAUCUGUACCUCGCUGCAAUACUUCACUGUAAUUACGAGUUUCUACCAGCAGAAAUGAAUUUCAUGGUGUCGCAAUUCUCACUUCAGAACUUGUGCUGGCGACACUAUACAACAGCAGUGCAUAUCCAAAUAAGCAUGUUCUACAGUGUUUAUCGAAAGUUAUUGAAGGUAUCCGAUAAAUCCUGUUGCCUCCAGGAUUUCUUCACCAGGUGCAAGUCUUUCUUCCGCGGUUUCUACGUGUCAUUCCCUAGUCAAGGCUGGAACACGAGGGGCGCUCCGGACGAGGCUGUAAAAUAUAUCCUCUUCGCAUGCCAGUUUUCCAUCUCCCGCCUCAACUGCGACUUUCCCACUAUAAGAGCUCUCUCGUUCGUACCACAUUUUAAGCCAAUUCUCCGCUACUCUGAUCCCAAGUGGAUGAUCCGAGUCCUGCCUUCUAACAAUGAUGUCGAAAUUCCAGCCAGAUGGGAGGUCAAAUACAUUGAAGCAACCGAAGGGCGGCUUCUUCGCAAGCUUCUUAAACUCCUUCAUGGCAAUCACUACGAUUUCUCGGAUAUUGACUCCAGGAUUACGAAAGCUUUAGGGUCGACUGAAACUGAAGACUGGACCUAUAAAGUAGCCCGGUUAGAUUGGAGAAAGACAUGGAAAACAUAUUUGCUUGGAAAGCUGGCUCGGCCAAUACAGUGGAAGGGGGUGGUAAGUAAGGUAGUCCUCUCAGACGAUGAAUCUGACCCAGAAUGCCAAUCGGUACAUUCGUCGCCUGUAUAAUCGCGUUAUGCAUAAUGACAUAGAAACCUGUCAUACACUCAUCCGGACGCAAG